CACACCAUCCAAAUAACAUGCAGUUUUCUCUUAGCCAAGUGGUACAUGGAGCAAUUAAAAAGUUAAGAAACUCUUUUUAGAAUUGCUUUUCCAUAUUCCUUUUGUGUAUCUUCCAUUUCUCUCAUCUAAACAUGCACACCUUGGUUUCAGACCCCCUCACACUUCCACCACUUCCCAAACACCAAACAAAACCACCCAAUUUUUCCCUUCUUCACACCCCUCCACUUACUUCCACCACCUACUCCACCAUUCUACAAUCUUCCAACUCCCUCACUUUAGGAAAACAACUUCACUCACACUCAAUUAAAACUGGUUUUUACAACCACAACUUUGUUCAAACCAAGUUACUUCAAAUGUACUCCAUUAACUCCUCUUUCGAAGACGCCUGGCACAUGUUCGAUAAAAUGACUCUUAAAAACUUGCAUUCUUGGACUGCGGUUUUACGUCUUCAUCUUAACAUGGGGUUGUUUUACAAAGGUUUUAUGCUUUUUGAAGAGUUUUUAUGUGAUGGGCUGGGAGAAAAAUUGGAUUUUUUUGUGUUUCCGGUUGUUUUGAACAUUUGUUGUGGUCUCGGUGAUUUGGAACUAGGUAGACAAGUUCAUGGGAUGGUUUUGAAACAUGGGUUUGUUACUAAUGUUUAUGUGGGGAAUGCUUUGAUUGAUAUGUAUGGUAAAUGUGGGAGUUUAGAUGAGGCUAAGAAGGUUUUAGAAGGUAUGACUCAGAAGGACUGUGUCUCAUGGAAUUCUAUUAUAACUGCGUGUGUUGCUAAUGGGGUGGUGUAUGAGGCUUUGGAUUUGUUGGAAAAUAUGUUGUUGAGUGAAUUGGAACCUAAUGUUGUUACUUGGAGUGCGGUUAUUGGAGGAUUCUCGAGUAAUGCUUAUGAUGUGGAGUCGGUUGAAUUGUUUGCUAGAAUGGUGGGAGCCGGGGUGGCGCCGGAUGCUCGAACGCUGGCCAGUGUUUUACCUGCUUGUUCUAGGAUGAAAUGGCUUUUCGUUGGGAAAGAGCUGCAUGGCUACAUUGUUAGACAUGAGUUGUUCUCUAAUGGUUUUGUUGCAAAUGCAUUAGUGGGCAUGUAUAGAAGAUGUGGCGAUAUGAAAAGCGCCUUCAAAAUAUUUUCCAAGUUUGCGAGGAAAUGUGCAGCGUCAUACAAUACCAUGAUAGUUGGAUAUUUGGAAAAUGGAAAUGUCGGGAAGGCAAAGGAACUGUUUUAUCAGAUGGAACAAGAAGGCGUGGAGAGGGAUAGAAUAUCAUGGAAUUGUAUGAUAUCAGGACAUGUUGAUAAUUUCAUGUUUGAUGAUGCUCUGAUGUUGUUUCGAGAUUUACUCAUGGAAGGAAUUGAACCUGAUUCAUUCACUCUUGGAAGUAUCCUUACUGGAUUUGCUGAUAUGACUUGCAUUCGACAAGGGAAAGAGAUACAUUCUAUUGCAAUUGUCAAAGGUCUGCAAUCCAACAGUUUUGUCGGUGGAGCUUUGGUAGAAAUGUAUUGUAAAUGCAAUGACAUUAUAGCUGCUCAAAUGGCAUUUGAUGAAAUAAGUGAAAGAGAUACAUCAACAUGGAAUGCAUUGAUAUCUGGCUAUGCUCGGUGUAAUCAAAUUGGAAAGAUUAGAGAACUUGUUGAAAGAAUGAAAAGUGAUGGUUUUGAGCCAAAUGUGUAUACUUGGAAUAGCAUUUUAGCUGGCCUUGUGGAAAAUAAACAAUAUGAUUUAGCAAUGCAAUUGUUCAACGAAAUGCAGGUUUCAAGUUUGAGGCCUGACAUAUACACAGUUGGAAUAAUCUUAGCAGCAUGUUCCAAGUUGGCGACAAUCCACCGUGGAAAGCAGGUCCAUGCAUAUUCCAUACGAGCAGGGUACGACUCUGAUGCUCAUAUUGGAGCCACCUUAGUAGACAUGUAUGCAAAAUGCGGGAGUAUUAAACACUGUUAUCAAGUUUAUAACAAGAUAUCAAACCCGAAUUUGGUGUGCCACAAUGCUAUGCUCACUGCUUAUGCAAUGCAUGGACACGGGGAAGAAGGAAUUGUUAUUUUUCGCAGAAUGUUGGACAGCAGAGUUAGACCGGACCAUGUAACUUUCCUAUCAGUUCUUUCUUCAUGUGUUCAUGCGGGAUCAAUUAAGAUUGGUUAUGAAUGCUUUUAUUUAAUGGAAACAUACAACAUCACGCCAACAUUAAAACAUUAUACAUGUAUGGUCGACCUCUUGAGUCGUGCAGGAAAGCUCGAUGAAGCGUAUCAACUUAUCAAAAACAUGCCAAUGGAAGCUGAUUCAGUGACUUGGAGUGCUCUACUUGGAGGUUGUUUUAUUCACAAGGAAGUUGCCUUAGGUGAAAUUGCAGCAGAAAAGCUCAUAGAAUUGGAGCCGAGUAACACCGGAAACUAUGUUUUGUUAGCAAACUUGUAUGCUUCUGCGGGAAGAUGGCAUGAUCUUGCUAAAACCAGAGAGUUAAUGAAUGAUAAGGGAAUGCAAAAGAGUCCAGGGUGCAGUUGGAUAGAAGACAGAGAUGGGGUUCAUAUUUUUCUUGCUAGUGAUAAAAGUCACCAAAGAGUAGAAGAGAUAUAUUUUAUGCUGGAUAAUUUGACCAAGUUUAUUAGAAUAAAAGAACACAAAUCAAUGAUAACAUGAGAGUAGAGAGUUGUACAAAAUCAAUAGCAGUAGAAUUGGUAAGAAAACAUGCAUGUAUAUAUUUCAGGACAUGAAUUUUAUACAUCAACUUAUAAAGAAUAUAUAAUACAAAAUAGUGACUCAUCAAGAAAUUGAAACCACACUACUAGGCAUCACUUUUUUUUUUAUAAGCCUGCAAGGCAUUGCAUAAUUUUCUUUUAAUUGCUUUCUCACU